AGCAGAGCUGGGAGCUGCGUGUUCACAGUGUCUGCACCUGGAUGCAACAUAUCAAGUUCUUCAACGGGAGUUGUUAUCAAUGAAAGGAUGGCAAAGGAAGUGUGAGAAACUAGAGAAAGAGAACAAGAAGUUGGAGCAAGAAGUAGUGAAACUCAGAAGUCAUAUGGAACUGAAGAUGAUAGAACACCCUCAAGUUGAGCAGUAUAAACGGGAGAUUGAAGAAAGAGUGAGACGGGACCUCGUAGAGAAAUGGAAAGAAGUCAACCUAUUUUUGCAGACACGAGCAGCAUGUCAAGAAAUCUCAGAGCAGUUCCGAGAGGCGCAUAUUGCUUCCGUAAGAAGUCAGAUGGAACUCAGAAUUAAAGACUUGGAAUCUGAACUAUCCAGGACGGAAACUUUACAAGAUUAUAAGAAAGCAGAGAUGGAAAAAUAUAAGAAACUCUACUUAGAGGAACUAAAAGUUAGAAAGUCAUUGGAAAAUGAACUAGACAUGAAUAAUGAGAGGCUGGCAGAGAUGAGCACCGAACUUGAGGUGGAGAAACAGCAGAAGAGAUCUUUACUCAGCACUCUCAGCAGCAGGAGCGAACGUAGGGUUUUCUACCUGAAUUCCACGCCGUUCAAAUGGCAGCGUGGAGACUUUCUUGACCAAGUGGUUCAUAAUCAUUUCCAGGCUCUGCUGCUCCCACCACAGUUUUUCUACCCCUAACCAUAAGUGACUGACUGGCAUCUAAACACUAAUGACAUAUGGAUGUGUUUCAUUUGAAGAAAUCCUAGAUAAGUCAUUUUUAUGAAUUAAACAAACUUGUAGUAAUCAAAAGAUUAAUUUUGGGUUUUAGGUUAACAUUUUUUGUUACUUUCUUAUACAAGAGUACAUCUUUAAUUGCUAUUUUACUGACAGAAUUUUGAUUUAAAUGUCUAAAACAUAUCUUGCUGAGCAGUUGUAGAAUGUUUCUAAGUUUGUAGUUAAAUCAAAUAUUUAAAACUUGUAAAUGAAGCUCACUUUUGUCUCUGUCAUGACUUCACCUGGAUGAAUGAUGACUGAGAUAGCAAUGAAGGGGAGUCUUUAAACUGCAGCUAGUUUUCAUUGUGUAAUCAUUGUGAUUAAAAUAUCCAUUUCAGUCAGUGCACACGAGUUUAUGGUUUUUGAUGGUGUUUCCAUGAUGUUGAUGAUGCAGAGAAAAGCAGCCCUUGUUAAAUGCAAUCUCAACCUGUUUUCUCAUUUGGCUUCUUGCCAUCACAGAAGAGCAAUCUAAGGUUUCUUCGACAGCACUGGGGCUACGUUGGGUCGUAGUACUUGGGAGCCAUGAACCUGGAGGGCGUGCUUUAGCUGUGCAGUCACAGCGGGCCUCCAAACACUUCAUCCCAAGUCAGAGACCUGCCCACGCAGACACAGGCCUAAGAGGAGGAAGCAAAGGCUUUACCCCCAUCCCAGGGGUGGGCUGCCUACCGCAGACCCAAGUUCACGGUGCUGUGGGCACAUACAUCUUUUCAAAGAAGAGAUUGGGAACCAAGCAAGCACUUCUUAGUUCCUUCUCCCAAACUCACCCGUUAGGUAAAUCUUGCUUCUCCUGAGGAGGGUAGCGGAUGCUCCCCUUGAAACUUCAGGCUGAGGAAAUGAAGUUCAACUGCAACUUCUGACCGGAUUUAGGUUAUAGUUGAGUUUACACUCAUGCUUUUUGUAUAUACCCACUAAUGAUGAGAGCCUGGAUAGAAGUAUGCUAAACAGUAAAGAGAGAUCUGUUGUGUGUUUUAAAUUUUGUCCUCAGUAACCCAAAAUGUGGAUAAUUCAUUGCUGAGUCAUUUUAGCAAGCCAGGUUCUAUCUAGAGGAAGUGAACAUCCUUUUAAGGUUGAAUCUCUUCACUUUUGUCCUGCUUGAUUCAGCUAAAGAUUCUCUCCUUCAAGUUCCCUGUCCUCUGUUUAAAAAAUAUGUAUGCUUUCUAAAUUACCUGUAUCUACUGCCACAAAUAGGAUUUGAUAUUGAUUUAUUCUUGUUCAUGCAUUUAAAACACAUAAUUUACUUCAAAAGUCAUGUCACACCACAAGCAUUAUUCAACUGUAUAACAAGGUUUUACAUGUUCAUUUUGUCUAUGCUAUAUUUAAAAAUCUAUGUGUUUUUUCUUAAUCUAAGAACAUAGCUGGCCUAGGACUCUGGACUCAGUCAGAAGGACAUGGCCUUUGUUACUUCUUUUGUAGAAUUAGGAACUUUGACUAAAUCAAUGACUCUCAUACCUUACAAAAAGAUUCUUUUUUUCCCAAAGAAAGGAACCUUUCUUUUAAAAAAGAAAACUCCUGCAGGGAACCGUGUUACAUAAACGGAGACAAGCAUAGAGCCUUGUAGCUGAAGAGCGGCCAGAGGCCCUGCAGCUGUGACUUCUCUGU